UGCGACAGCGGCCAGAGCUCAAAAUCGGCUAUAGGAAAGCACCACGCCAGGCAGAGACGCGCACGCGUCGCCAAAUUGCACUGCGUCUACGACCCACUCGGCUCGCUAGCGCGUUUCGCAGUGCGGGAAAGCACAAGCGGGAGAGCAUCGAGUUGAAAUUGGGCAAAGGACUCGCGCACACAGCCAGUGUACGCCCGUCGACGGUGCAAGCCAGCUCUCGUGUGCAUCUCGCAUCGGUACACAGUAAAACAAACGGGAGAGAGCGCAGAGCUGUAGUUGAGCGUCGAACCGCGAGCGUGAAACAAUGGGAAACAAGAAGAAGAAAAAGGACCCCGCGAAAGAAUUAGCAAAAAAACAGAGAAAGGCGGCGAAGCAGGAGCGCUGCGCCGACAAGCGCGAUCGCAAGGCAGGUCUACUAGAUGAGCAGCAGGACCUCGCGCAACUCAUAGCACAGCAGCGUGCGAAAGAUCUCGAACGGACCGAGGUCACGGUCACGAGGAUUGAAAGCGAGGAAAAGUUCGCCCCGCGGUGCAACGCGACUUUAACAAAUGUAGGGGAUGACCUCUACUUGUUCGGCGGUGAGUCGAGCGACGGGGACCAGACGACUGUGCUGAAUGACCUCUACAAGUACCGAACGACGAAGAAUGAAUGGUUUAAAGUAGAGUCCCUCAACACGCCCUCACCGCGCUGCUCGCACCAGGCCGUCUCGUUAAAUGAUCACUUGUACGUGUUUGGCGGCGAGUACGCCACACUGACCCAGUUCUACCACUACCGCGACUUGUGGCGCCUCGACGCCAAGACGCUGGCCUGGGAACAGGUCGAACCGUGCACGAAAACGAUGCCUUCUUCCAGAUCGGGCCACCGCAUGGUCGAGUGGCGCGGCAAAAUACUGGUUUUUGGCGGCUUCUACAAGGCGUCGCAGGACCAGAAUGCGGUGUUUGUGAACGACACCUGGCUCUACUCGCCAGCACACAACGAGUGGCGUCCCCUCAAAUUUACGGACGCGCCCGGGGUCGCGAAGCCGCCCUUACGAUCGGGCUGCGUCCUGGCGCCUUGUAGUGAUUUUUCCGUGCUGGUCUGGGGCGGCUACUCGGAAAUACGGUGCGACAACGCCGUGAAAGCGCGAGGCAAGCCCCACACGGACUGCUGGGAGUUAAAAAUAGCGGACCCGUUCGACGACAGUAGUACCUUGUCAUCUUGGUCUAGGGUCAAGCUAGGUGGAAGUAUAGGCGGGUCGGCGCCGUCGCCGCGAUGCGGCGUGUGUGCUUCGUAUAGAAACGAUACGACGCACGUGUUCGGUGGUGUGUAUGAUGUGGAUGGAGAGGGCUUAUCGACGGAGUCGACGUUCUACGACGACCACUACGUUCUAGAUACGACGAAAAAACGCUGGAAGAGGCGAGACGCUUUACAAGACCCCGACCUGCCGCCGCCGCCACCGAGAGCGUGGGACCGGAAAGCGCUGCAAGCUUCAUUAGUAGCGGUCUCGUUAACGCCGCCGCCGCGCAUCGGCGCCUGCUGCGCGGUCGCGGGAAAAGUCUUGUAUGUACUGGGGGGCACCCUGGAGGUGGGUGACACCAAGGAGCUUGCAUUAGAUGAUGUAUGGUGCCGUGACGCGCGCAAGAAGGACGCGCCUUGGACGCGGCUCGUGGGCGGGACCAUGAGCAAGCGGUCGGCGCACUGGGCGGCGGAAGAGAGUGAGAACGAGGACGAGGAGGAGGACGAGGAGGAGGACCUCGGCUCGACGUCUUCUGAUUCUGACGAGACGGCUGGGGAAGAGGAGGAAGUGAAGCGGGACCAGUGGACGCGCUAGGACUAAUGUGACUCUC